AUGGAGGACCGUGUGUGGACUGUGAGCCUUCUUAUAAUUUCUUUAACUUUUGGACAGUCUGAUGCUCAGAGUCAGACUAACAGCUCUAACUCAAGUCACCUAAAGUGCAGCAGAAAUAGAAGGGUUCCAGAGAGUCAUGUGGUCAUGCUCUCUUUUCGCCUCUUCGACAUUGAAGCUGACCCCACCUGUCGCUACGACUACCUGGACGUCUUUAAUGGCCACUCACGCUCGGUUCAAAAACUGGGUCGUUUCUGCGGGACGUUCAGACCUGGCGCCCUCAUCUCUACCUCCAACACCAUGAUGUUGGAGCUGGUAUCAGAUGACGCCACUGGAGGAAGAGGCUUUCUGGCUGCCUUCCAUGCAGGAAAGCCACAUAUGGAAGAGACCCAGUUCUGUGGAGGCCGCCUGACCAAAGAACAGGGCUCUGUCAAGACGCCCAACUGGCCAAACUCAAAUUACCCAGCAGGAAUCAGCUGCUCCUGGCACAUUUCUGUGGAGCCAAGCAAUGUGAUUGAAGUGAAGUUUGAGAAGUUGGAUUUAGAGUCAGAUACGUACUGUCGCUACGACUAUGUGGCAUUGUUUAACGGUGGAGAGAACGAUGACUCAAGGAGGAUUGGUAAAUUCUGUGGUGAUAGACGCCCAGGAACUAUAGUAACGAAUGGCAACGAGCUUCUUGUCCAGUUUGUGUCUGAUCUGAGUGUGACCUCAGAUGGAUUCAUGGCCCAUUAUACCAGUGUGCCCCGUGAAUCCCGCACACCUACUUCUGGAGGUGACUUCAUCUACAGUCCCAUGCCUGCCUCCAGGCCACAGAAACCAACUGUAGAGCCAAGGAAACCCAUCAAACCAACACCUAAACCGCCAUCCAAGCCAUCUUUAAAACCAACACCUAAACCAACUUUGAAACCAACACCAAAAGCAACUGCCAAACCACCUACCUCCAAGCCAGCAGUCAAGCCCACAUCUAAACCCAAACCAAGUAAAUCUACACCUAAGUUCCCUGUGAGAAAACCUACCAUGAAACCCAAAGCUAAACCAACACCCAUACCCAAACCAACACCCAAACCAAGCACUAAGACUAAACCCACACGCAAACCUGCUGUGAAACCCAAGCCCACCAUGAAACCUAGAGUCAAACCAGUGAAGCCAACCCCAAGGAGUGGAGUUAAACCAAUGGUUAAACCCAAGAUAAAAGCUAAACCAACACCUAAACCAGGACCGAACAAGACAGUGACAAAGAAACCCAUUGUCAUUAAGAAACCUUAUUUGCUGAACCCACUGUGUACACAGCCCUGUAAGAGGACAGGGACUCUCCAGUCCAGCUUCUGCACUCAUGAGUUUGUUAUUACUGGAAGGGUUACUUCAGUGACCAGUGGUACAAAUGGAUCAGCUACAGUUGAGGUGUCCCUGAUCAGGGCCUACAAGAUGGGACUUCUCAACCUCACCAAAUCAGGACUCAUCAAGUCAGUCAUUCUGAACUCUACCUGCAAGAGAUGCCCUGGACUUAUGAAAGGUCAGAACUACGUGCUGAUGGGAAAAGUUGAUGCUCAGGGCAACGGCCACCUGAGUCCCUCAAGCUUCACGCUGCUCUACAAACCCGUACACGCCAAAGCACUGGACGCUCUGUCUCGCAAACCGUGCUGACAUCACGGCCUCAUCCACCAAUCAGAGCGCCAGCUCUGAAUGAGAUUUCACCUGACAAGAAGUGGAAAUGUUU